AUCAAUGCAAUUCGAUCAAUUGUUCCAAACAAAAGCAAUAAUGAGAUAGUUCUGGUGUUGCAGCAGUUUGAUAACAAUGUAGACAAGGCUGUUCAAGCUUUCAUGGAUGGCAGUGCAACUCAGGUUCUAAAGGAAUGGAAUAUGACAGGGAAAAAGAAGAACAAUAGGAGAAAAAGAAGCAAAUCUAAGCAGCACCAAGGCAAUAAAGAUCCUAAAACCAAGAACGGUGGACCUGAGAAGGCAUCUCAAGAGCCCCAGGGAAUAUAUGACUGCCAUCUGAAUGGAUGCUCUAAGGACAACUCUUGCAGUGGUUCUGCCAAUCGGAAACUGGAAGCUGCUUCUCUUGAGAACAAAUGCACAGGAUUUGUACACUCAGCGCUGGUCCAUCCAGAAAUCACAGACAAAGAACGAGAACACCAGAGAGCAUCUGUGGAAUUAAACCCAAAGACUAUGAAUGGAGUAGAACAGCAUGAGUCUCUUCAGUCAUCAGUUCAACUCCAGUGUAACCUAGGCAGGCCAAAGUCAAAAUCUUCCUCAGUUAAAUCAUCCAAUGCUACAACCCAACUUGAAACAAAGACAGAUGAAUCAGUCAAAAAAAGAGGGCCAAACAUUGAAAAAUCAGUAAAAGACUUGCAGCGUUGCACUGUUUCUCUAACCAGAUAUCGCAUAAUGAUCAAAGAAGAAGUGGAUAAUUCAGUGAAGAAGAUCAAAGCUGCUUUUGCAGAAUUACACAGCUG